AUGCCGAAAUUGAUUCUCUAUCAAGUGGCAGAUGUCACCCAGGAAGGCGGUAACAAAUUUCGUAAAAUUGAGAUGAAAGAUGAACAGGACCUACUCCUGCUUGGUCGAAUGGAAAGAAAUAAACAAUUUUAUAAACAAAUUGAUAGUUUUGAGGCCAAGAAGGCAAUAUCCCGACUUCAUGCAUUAAUUGAAAAAGCGGAUGGCAAAUUCUAUCUUUCUGACCUCAGCAAAAGUGGGACGUACGUUAAUCAUCGACGUGUCAAUAAAAGAACUCAGCUAAAACCCCACGACCUUGUCUAUUUUGGACAUCCGAAAGGUGCGGAAAUUAUCCCCGAUCAACCCAUUACACAGUACUUUUGGGAUUUAAAAUAUGUUGUAAGCAUUGCAUAG